CACGUGACCAUCAUGGCAGACGAGGUGACCAAAGCACACUCCGCUCGGGAAGGCGGCGACACGAUUUUCGGAAAAAUCAUCCGGAAAGAAAUUCCUGCCGACAUUAUAUAUGAAGACGAUCAGUUUGCCCCCCGGCCUGGUGUCAGCUCAUCGAGCGCUAGUCGGGAUUCCCUCGGUACUAGGAGUGUCACCCGCCCGCCGAGGUCAUUCGCGCACUCCGGGGAACUUUUACGGAUGUCUGGCGUUCAGGGACAUUAACCCUCAGGCGCCCGUGCACUUCCUGGUCAUCCCUAAGAAGCCCAUCCCUCAACUGUCCAAGGCAGAAGAUGGAGACGAGCAGCUGUUAGGACAUUUGAUGGUUGUGGCGAGGAAGUGCGCCAAGCAGCAGGGGAUUGCGGACAGCGGAUUCCGAAUGGUCGUGAAUGACGGUCGCCAUGGCGCCCAGUCCGUCUACCACGUACACCUGCACAUCUUCGGGGGACGCAAGAUGUCUUGGCCCCCAGGCUGAUAAAGGGCAUUGUGGGAGGCAUGCUGCAUCGUGCUGUAUCAUGGGAUAUGCAUAUUAUAUACCGGUGAAACAAUAUAUAAAAAAUGAAAGUUCGGCUGCAGUACCUUAGAGAGCCGCUCUGGGGCUCAUUAUUGAACUUGAUCUUCAUUUUCCUAUCAACCUAGCAGUAGCAAAUAUUGUCAGGAUCCGUCCAAGGCUUCUCAUUAGCCAAUAGAUAGGGCAACUUCAUUUAGGUCAAAUACCUCAGUUUCCUUAAUUUAAACCAUGGUGUUUUAUAUAACCUCCUUUAUAUACAGUCUGUAAUAUUAUUCAUUGCCAUCUAUAUAUUUGUGAUAAGUAUCUUGAACGUUUUCAUUUUGUUGUUGUAUCAUUACCUCGAUUUUUACACCAUUUGUUAACACUUAAACAUGAAAGCUAGCGAGGCUUAAACUUUUUUUAUACUGUGUAGUGGUAUAAAAGUUGGUUUGAGAUCGUA